AUGCCGGGUCCUAGACGCCUUGACGUUGCAAAAAUCCGGCAAACCAGCACCGCUGAGGCCCUAAGCAGAGAAAUCCGGACCUGUUUUACGACCCGAGGCGACGGAGAAGGCAGUAACCAGUGGUCGUCACUGAAGACUUCAGUCUAUAGAGCAGCUGAGAAAAUCUCUGUAUAUACCCAUCGACCCCGCAGUGACUGGAUCAGCGAAAGAACCCUGCAAUUGUCUGCUCAGACGGCUCGAGCCAGGCCCCGUAACGAUGACUGGUUCCACCAACUUCGAACGAUGACGGCAAAAGCGGCCAGGGAUGACCGGAAGCAAUAUUUGGCUGAAAUAGCGACCUCCAUGAAACAGGCCUUGAACGUUCGUGACACUCGAAAACUCUACCAACUGAUCCGCCAAUUUAGCGGUAAGCCCUCUACACGGAGUGACUCUGUUCGCGACGUGAAUGGCGGCUUUAUUGCUGACAGCUCGGCCAAAGUCGAGCGCUGGCCUCAGAACUUUGAGCACCAUCUCAACUUCGAUAACCAACCUACCACGCCCUUGCUCUCCUCCUCAGUGGAGUUUCUUCCGUCUCCUACCUAUGCAGUGCCAUGCGAUCCCCCCUCUGAAGGAGAAGUUGCCGAUACCACACGAAAAUUGCGCAACAAUAAGGCCCCUGGAGAGUACGGUAUACCAGCUGAAAUCUUCAAGUCUGGUGUCGACACUCUGGCGCCCUGGCUCCAUGAGGUGAGUGAAUGAGCGUGGAGAGACGUGGUUGUUCCUGAUGACUGGGGCUUAGGCAUCCUUGUACCAAUCCUCAAGAAGGGAGAUAAGACGAGAUGCGAGAACUACCGCGGCAUAAGUCUUAUCGACGUUACUGCGAAGAUCUUCGCUAUUGUCCUACCCAGGCGAUUCUAGGCUGUGCGUGACUCAAGGACGCGGCCCAUCCAAGCCGGAUUUCGUGCAGGACGUGGAUGUGCAGGCCAGAUAUUUACACUGAGGCGCAUUCUCGAAUUUCGCCAUAGCUACCAACAAUCGACGGCCGUCUGCUUCAUUGACUUUGUCGCCGCGUUCGAUUCCGUUCACCGUGAGUCCCUUUGGCGGAUAAUGGCGCAAGAUAGUGUACCGGCAAAAAUCAUCGCCAUGAUCAAGGCCUACUAUCGCUCCACUACUUUGAGAGUCCUGGUCUGCAACAACCUUUCCCAACCGUUUGGUAUUCGAUCAGGCGUUCGACAGGGUUGUGUCCUGUCGCCCAUUCUGUUCAACUAUGCUAUUGAAUGGAUUCUCGGGAGGGCCCAACACGAGGGUGACGGAGGGGAGUUUGCAUCCGGACACCGACUGACAGAUCUCAACUAUGCCGAUGGUAUCGCCUUACUUGCUUCAAGUUUCGGUGAUCUGCAGUCUAUGGUGUCACGGGUGAACGAGGUCGCUAAAUCGGUCGGUUUAUCCAUAAACGCUGGGAAGACCAAAGUGUUCUCAAGCUGCAUCCCUGAUCAGGAGAAGGUACCCCUCGGGAUUGAUGGCUGUCAACUUGAUGAAGUAGGCAGUUUUAAAUACCCUGGGGCGAGGCUGAUGCCUAAUGGACGGAUUAAGGAGGACAUUGUCUCCCGAAUCGAUGCUGCCCGCUGGGUUUUCUCAAGCCUUCAUAAAUGCCUAUGGAACUGA